AUGGAAGCCAUUACACGCGCAAGACUGGAUCCAAGCAAAGUAGACCAUUUUCUAGAUUUUAUCAGCAGACCAAAUUUCGUGCAAGAUGUUGCGUACGGAACAAAAACGCUAAAAUUGUCGAAUGGGGAGAAGAUGGAGAUUCCAAACGUGGUUAGGACAGUUAUUGCUUCAAGGAUUGUGGACUUAUACCAGCAGUACUGUCAGGAAACCGGUUUCCUUUCACAUGGGAGGUCAACCCUCUUCAGUAUUUUACAGGUACGUAUCAAAACAAAAUCAUGAUUCAAAAUCAGAAGAAGAGCGAAAAAAGAAAUAAAAAUUGGGGUUUUAUAUAUUCUGUUAUCUCAUGUAGAUAUCACGAAGAUAUCAUUAUAUGCAUUGUGUCAUGUUUCUUAGUUUAAACUACUUCUUCAGCUUGAUUAACUGAAAAUUCCUUAAGCCAUGCAUAUAGGUGGGGAUUAGAAAAGAGCAAACGCUCUGGAUGAGAAAAGCAGUAAGUAUGAACACGAGGAGAAAAAUAUAACAAAAUGUCAUUAUUGUAUAGAUUUGUGCAGCAUCACAAAAGAAGUCUUUGGCAGGACUUGACAACAUCGCUGCAGAGGGAUCGCAAGCCUUCGAUACACUUGAAGACGUUGUAAACAGGCUAGGAAAGUUAGGUAAGCUCAGGUUGAUUUAAGUUUUGUCCCAGGGUGACCUGAAUCUUCCCAUUUUGUUUCUAUAUAAUGCUAUUUUUCAGUGCACCUUUAACACUCAAACCACCCAACCUCCUAGGCCAAUUUAAUUUUUAAACUUCUUAUUUCUUCUUUAAGGUUUGUCGAAACCAUUUUUGUAAAAAGCAUAUAUUUUAUACUGUGCAAUUUGAACAAAGGCCUGGCCUCUUAACGCAAUUUAGCAUAUGAGCGGCUUUAUCUUAAAUAGUAGUAAUUAAAAAAAAGAGUGGUAACAUUAGCGUGCCUUUUUAAAGGUAAAAGUUCAGCCUGGGUUCAAGGUGUUAAAGAUCGCUUGAAAGCUGGUAAAAGCUACCUUAAGACAAACUUCAAGAUCCGCGUUUCUGAAGAAAGCCAGUGUGCUGAUCAUUGCCGGGUAUUUGCGUUGUCUGACCCUGAAGAUCAUCUCUGUGAGCAUGAACACACGAAAUCAUGUCAAAGCUGCGACAAUAUCAAGAAUGUUCUUGAGGAAAUAGAACUGGUAUUGUCAUCAAGAGACCUUCACUUCAGGUAAACGAUAACUGAUACCAUGUUCUAUAGUCUUCUUCUUUCAAAGCCAAAAACCUAAACGUUCUUGCAGUCAAAACCAAAGAAAGAAGACCGAUUUCUCCCCUAACAGAUUUUAUAUUGUUCAGUUUAUUGUUGAUCGUUUCAUUUUACACAUGCAAAAGAAAUUCUUCACAGGAUAUUACGAGAAGAUAUAUAUUGUAAUUUUACCUGAUCAUGAAGAGUAAGUUUUCUAUUUGUCAUAUCUUAAUCACCCUUUUUGCAAUUGGAAAUGGGUGGCUCAGGUGACUGAAAUCUACAGUCGUUUAACUUCGGAAACAAUGCCGCGUUUACUUCAUUAAACAAAGGAUCAGGAAAAAUAUACCGUGCAAAGACAAGCAAAUGAUGUCGCCCUAAAACGUCAAGAAAUUAUAAUUACACCUUUGAUAACAAGGAAACCAUCAACGUUUUUAUUUUGAUUUUUAGAUAUCAAGACGAAAAGGGGGAACUAGAGCAUGACAUUAGUAACGCUAUAGACAAGAUUGAGCGAUGGAAGGCCCACAUCUUAAGAGCAGUACACCAGGACGUAGCAAAGGAUGAUAUCCUCAACAAUAUGACGCCAGAGCAAGCUUUAAUUAUCAUGGAUUGGGCUAUGAAAUUCCUUCCGUUGAAGUAUAGGGAAACGCAAGGAGAGUGGUUUGGAAAGAAAGGCCUCUCUUGGCAUGUCACAGCCGUGAUAACAAAACCGAAGGAAGAGUUUGAGGUAUUUUCUACAGGCAUAUCCUACAUCUGACUAUGGACAUAUCCAAAACGGUGCAUGAUGCUUUGUCUGUCGAUCUCUGUAUGUACUACGCCGCUCAGUCGGAUUAUGCGCAAAUCCUUGUUUGACAACAUGGAACUACACUUAUACGAAACGUAGGAAUUGCAUGCCCAAAUUUUAUCUUUUAAAAGGACACCUGUAGGGAUCUCUUCUCGCAAGAGAUCCCUGUUUGUUGACACUGUGUUGAUUCUCGUGAGCGACCGUUUACAGGAGGUUUGACGGUAUAUUCCUUAAGUUACCAUUUCAGUUUCAGAUAUUGUAGUAGUCGAAUUUGUGUCCUAAAUAGAAGAAAUGCUGAGUUUCCUACUUAUUCCCUGAGUAACAGUAGAGUUAUCCACAUUCACUUGCUGUACAAAAUACGGUAAAGGCAAUGUAUAAAUUAUAUUAGGUAUUGACAGUGGAGGUAGGUCGGUGUCCGCUUGACAGGUUAAAAGGUUACACUGAUUACUUUAUUUGCACAUUCUACUGAGAAAAUAAUCCCUUGAAAUCUUUAGCUAUGAAGUGCAGGAAGAUACGAGGCAUAGUUAUAGUCAAGGGAUGAAACAACAAGUUGACAACAGAUAGGAUUACCAGAAGAGUAGGUAUUUGAAAGUCAGUGAGCUUUCCUGUUGUACUUUAUUUAACGUCAUGGAGCCGAUAAUGUAACAUUAUUUCUUAUGUUCAUAUGUAUAGGUAAGGACAUACGUUCAUCUGCUGGAUCACUGCAGCCAAAACUGGUUUGCUGUUGCAUCUAUUUAUGAGAACACGCUUAUGGAAAUAAAGAGGAAGUCCCCUGAGAUUAACGAGGCGUUUGUACGUAGUGAUAACGCUGGAUGUUAUCACUGUGCUCUUUUAUUGCUAAGUAUUCCCGGUAUUAGUCAACGUACAGGUGUAACUACAAGCCGAUACGACUUCAGUGAAUCAAACAGUGGUAAAGAUAUAUGCGAUCGCCAUAUUUCUCCUUUGAAAAGUCAUAUACGCCAGUAUGUCAAUGCAGGAAAUGAUGUCGAGAAGGCAAAAGAUAUGAAGAAAGCAAUAGAUUCUUACUCCGGAGUUAGAGGUUGCCGUGCAUCAGUUGUAAAGGUGGACACUUGCGCACAGGAUCUGCAUAAUCACAACUGGAACGGAGUACUGAUGUUUUCAAACUUCAAGUUUUGCGCAGACGGAAUCAGGAUGUGGAAAGCCUUUAAUGCUGGAGAAGGAAAGUUCGUUCGUUACGAUAAGCUAAUGAAGAGAGGCACCAGCCAGGGAAGUACCCGACUGGAGGUCAUUGAGCCCUUCACAUCCCCGCGUGUGUCGACUGGCUUCUUGUACAAAAAUAGCAAAACGACGGAAAACAAAAGUGAACCUUGUGAAUUCAGUUGCCCUCAACCAGACUGCAUCAAGUUAUUCAAAACGACAACAGCGUUGCAAAACCACCAGGACUUUGGCAAGCACAUUUUUUGCACCCAAAAGGAUUCCACGCAUGACAGUAUUAAGCGUAAAUGGGCUAACGCAUGCACCAACCUACGCCCUUCAUAUAUUCCAUCUAAAAAGAACCUUGAAGGAUUGAGCCAAGAAGAGUGCAGAGAGUACCCCACUGCUGAGCCUGGCUGGGCCUUGAAGAAAAACAAGAAGACCGGGCGAUUUUCAUAA